AUGGGUGGCCAAAUUCAGCUCUUGCUGAGUAAAAGAGAUGAACUGUUGGACAAGUCAAAAACCAUUAAAAAGAGAGGAGAGAACAGAGAAGAAGCAAAACAUGAAGUUGUGUCUUCCAGUGACGUCACAAGUCCUGAACAACCCUUAUUAUCAAGUGAUUUAACUGAAACAUCUGUGUCUUUGCCACAGAGUAGGUAUCGGAAAUUUAAUGAUAAUGAUGAACACUUCAGUUACAUAAAACAUGCCAUACUCCCACCAGAGACAGGAAUAGACAAUCUGAUCACCCCAUGCCAUGAGUAUAAAUCACUGGAAAAUGCCUGUAAAUUAGAACUAAGAAAGCUAAAGAUCAAAUUUGCCAGUGAAGUCAUUCAGUUUGCAUGUGCGUGCAUGAAUAUGCGUGCAAAUGGCACAAUCCACUUUGGGGUCAUGGACAAGACAAAAACAUCAUACAAACAUGGAGAGAUAAUUGGAAUUCCCAUUGAAGACAAAGAGAUCUUUCAAGAAGCUCUAGACUACAUUGAAAACUGUUUUCCAGCACUGCACUCUGAUGCCAGAAAGUGUAUCAAGACCCCAAAAUUUAUUCCAAUAGUUGACAAAAGCAGUCAGACCCAAAACUGGAUUGUGGAAGUGGAUGUAGUUCCCAUGGUAAACAUUGUGAGGGAUAAACUGUAUGGUGCCCGUAUACCAAAGUUCAACGAGAAAACCAAUAAAGUUGAAUAUGAGCAAAAAGCUUAUUAUCAAAGAGUUGGACCAAAUACGCCACGUAUUACUGAGGAUGAACAUGUCAGUUUCAUUCAAGCUCUCAAAGAUCUCGACCAAAAAAGAGAACAGGAAGAAAACAACCAGAAUCAAACACAGGCUCAUUUUAAAGAGGACUUGGAAAGAAAACUCUUAGUUCUUCUGACACGUGGGAAGAAAUACAUGGACAAUACAUUGCGUUACAUCCUUGUGUCAAAUAGAUUUGAUCAAGAAAACCUGCAAAACAUCAAGUUCCUUGCCCAAAUGAAUAUCUUUUGUGUUUUUGAUUAUGACCCUGACUCCAAAUCAUCUGGACUUUGUCACAAUUACAAAGAGCACCAUGCAGUAAACCUUCACUUCCUGCAUGAUUAUGAUCAUAGGGAGAACACUGUUGACUUAAUCAAGAAGUUACAGCUCUUUGACAGAACAAGCUGGAUUUUCUGCAAUGGUCGAAGUGAUUACAAUGGAGGUGAGAGUCCUUGUGAUGAAAAAACCUGGAUCAAAACCAAGAAGAAACUAUUGAAAAGAGCUGUAUCUGUUAUCUGCAAUGAAAUUCUUCCCAAAGGAUCAUUUGUGGUGCUUUUCAUUCUCACAUCUGACGUUGAACAACCCCUUGUUGACACCUUCCAUGAAUUCUAUGCAGAAAUGAGCGGCCAUGAGGACAUAGUCAUCAUCUCAGUGUCAAGGGAGAAUUAUAAGAAAUGGUCAAGCCUUGCCCAAGUGUCCUGCUCACUCGACACUCUUGAACAAAUCAGUGUUGUUGGUAUGCCAAUGAGUCACGUAAAUGCUACAAUUCAAGUCCAUCAGCUCACCUGUCAUCAGGAUGGGUGUCUACCUGUGUCAAACAAUGGAGUAUGCUUUAUAAAGUCUGUGGAUGUGGAGCAUAUGAACUCCUUAGAAGUUGUCUGUGUUGACCAGUGUGACGAAACAAAUGUGAAUCUCAUGGAGCAAGAGCAAAUACAAAAAAUUGAACAAUACUUCUAUCAAGGAGGAAAAAUUGAUUGGGUGAAUAUGUGGCUAGCUGACAAUAAUAAAUGUGAGGAAGUCAUCAAACGUGAUGCAUAUGCAGAAAUUAACAAAAUGUUGGAAGACCUUGAGCGGAGUGACUCAUUAAAACGGUCCAUUGAAAACAUCAACAUAUAUCAUGAACCUGGUAGUGGAGGAAGCACAGUGGCUCGACAGAUCCUCUGGAACUGGAGGAAAAAAAUGCGAUGUGCUGUUGUUAAGCAGUCGUACCAGGCCACAACUGUCUGUGAACAUGCCGUACAGCUUUGGAAUUACGAAGAAGUUGACAAGAAUGCCUGUUUACCUGUUCUUCUGCUGCUAGAGGAUUGCAAUGCAGACUAUCAGGAUGACCUCAGACGAGAAUUAAGCAAUGCAGUCACAACAAUGAAAAUAAGUCCAUCAAAGCUGUGUUUCAUCAUUCUCUGUUGUAAAAGGUCUCUUGAUCCAGAAAGGAUGUGCACAGCGUUGCCGUUACGCACAGUCGGAGUUACACACAAACUAUCUCCAGCAGAAAAGAAGCUCUUCUCAAAGAAAGCAGGGAGUCUCAAGCUGAAGUUUGAACCAGAGUUUAUACUCACUUUUGUGCUCAUGAGUGAAGAGUUUGAACAGUCUUACAUCACAGGCUUUGUUGAAAACCUGCUGAAGGAAAUUGAUCAUUCAUCUCUUCAGACACAGUUGAUCAAAUUUGUGGCACUACUGAACAGCCACAUUGAGAAUUCAUACCUAUCUAUAUCACACUGUGAGGCAUUCCUAGGUUUAGGAAUCCACUUGGACAAAUUUGAUAAAAUGACAUUCGAAAAUUCCUUAAGUGAACAGGCUAGGUUUUUUUUCAUACAGCUAAAAUCCAGUGAGACGCAUAUCGACUCUGUGAGAAUAAUUCAUCAUUUGAUAGCUAAGGAGAUCCUGAAGCAGCUCUCCAGUUAUCAGAGCCAAAGUGAAAUAGCAAGGAGUCUGCUUCAGGACAAAGUGCUGUUUGACCACAGAUUUGGAAGGGAUGACUUGCGAAAGUUUGUCAGAGAUCUGUUUAUCAAACGCACCAAAAAAAGCAAGGGAGAUCCAAAUGACAGCUGGUUUUCUCCUUUAAUAGAGCAUGUUAGGGAGACAGAAGAUGUGGAGAAAGCCAUUGACCUUUUAAAGCUAGCUUACACUCGUUUUGAUGAGGAUGCAUUUGUUGCUCAACAGCUUGCACGGCUGCUUAAUGAAAACAAAAAUUUUGAGGAAGCUGAGAUUUGGGCUAAAAGAGCCAAGUCUCAUCUUCCUCAGCACAUAUACAUACUUGACACACUGGGACAAGUAUACAAAAAGUGGUUCUACAGCAAACAUGAUGCCAUAUGUAAGAAAAAUGCUGAUAUUCAACCAGAGGACAUCACUGAUAUCAUUGAUACUGCCAAAAGUUUCAUGGCCUUUUAA